AUUCUGAAAAGGGAAGGCGGAAAAGGAGCUGUUCUGACCUCAAUGUUUUGAGGUUUAAUUGCCCAGUGCUGCUUUUUUCUGGAAGUUUGCGAUUGUGUUUUUAAACCAGAAUGUUGAAAAGUGACGACGUGCGGGAAAAUCUGAAGAAAUACUAUGGCUGUCGCCUGGAGUCUUCCUGUGACUUGCAAACUAGUGCUACUUCCUGCAGUUUGGCCUGCAGCACCCUGCCAAGGAGUUUAACUGAAGCCCUAAGUCUGAUUCACCCUGACGUCAUCAAAAGAUUCUUCGGAUGCGGCCUUCCGUUUCCAGCGAAGCUUGAGGGCUGCAGAGUUCUGGACCUUGGUAGUGGAUCGGGACGAGAUUGUUUUGCAUUCAGCAAACUUGUUGGGCCGAGUGGACACGUGACGGGCAUCGAUAUGACUGAGCAGCUGAUCGCGGCAUCCCGCCAAUUCGUCGAGUAUCAUCAAAAGAAGUUCGGCUACGAGGAGCCCAAUGUCUCAUUUAUCCAGGGAUACAUGGAAAAGCUCUGUGAAGCAGGGAUACAGAGAGAUUCGAUGGACAUUUUGAUCUCCAACUGUGUGAUUUGUCUCUGUCCUGAUAAAAGAGCAGUGCUACAACAAGCCUACGAUGUUCUGAAGGACGGAGGGGAGCUGUACUUCAGUGACAUGUAUGCCAGCAGUGUCGUUCCAGACCACAUGAAGCAGGAUCCAGUUCUGUGGGGUGAGGGGAUGGGUGGCUCUCUGUUCUGGAAAGAUCUCAUCUCGCUGGCCCACAGCGUGGGCUUCAGCACUCCACGUCUGGUCUCAGCAAGCCAUAUCGAGGUCCACAACAUCCAACUCAAGGAAAAAGCAGGUGACAUCAAGUAUGCUUCAGGGACCUACCGGCUCUUUAAGUUGCCGCAGCAACCAGGGAGGUCAGGUGCUGCUGUGAUCUACAAGGGAACCAUUCCCGACUUCCCAGAUCAGCUGGACUUUGAUUCCUCGCACUGUUUCAAGAAAGAUGUGGAAGUGGAGGUAGACGCAGAGAUGGCAGCAAUUAUCCAGGUUUCCAGAUUCUCUUCGGAUUUUACAGUCAGGAUGUUGGAUGAACAUAAGUCUGAUUCUGAGCCAACACCACAGUGCUGUCACCUCAACCCAUUUCUGCUGGCUGACCGAUGGGGGUCCUCUAUGAAGCAGUGCUCCAAAACAUCCAGAUAAAACAUACAGGCAGCUGCAACCUGCUGAUAAGAAAAUACUACACACAUUUAAUUUUAUUUUAACAAUUCAUGUAAUUUUAUUUGUGCCAACAAGUACUAAUGUCUGUGAAGGAAUGAAUGAAGGAAUUAUAUUUAGUUGGGUUUGAGUUUGCUAACUGGCUACAAAACGCCACAUUAAUACAUUGCAUAGAUGGGGAAAACUAAACUAAAUAACAUUCAUAAAUUGUAAUAGAUUUUGUAACAGUGAGUGAUCAGAGCGAUACUGUGAAGAGAAGAUUAGGUCUGACAGCUAUGAAGAAUUAAUAAAGGCAUAGUAAUACUUAAAAUGUUACAAGUUGUUUUUAAAACCUGAACAUAUAGUGAAUAUUUUUCAUUCAUUCACUACGGCCUUGGCUCUAAUGUUAAUAUUUGGUUUUUAUUGUAACACAUCUUUAAUGCAGAACUGGAGUACAGCUACAGGUUGAGAUUUUGUGCUGUCUGUCUGAAAUGACUAGAGGAGAAAAAACAGAUUUGGUAUCAGGUAUUUUUUUAUUGGAAGCAGAAAAAUGUCACAACCUUCAUUUUGUUUUCAGUAAACAUCCUGAUAAGGAGCUGCUUAUGUAAAUGCCAGCUGGGCAGUCAGUGAAAAUUUAGGCUACAUAUUUUAGGCUACAUAUGACAAAAAUAAUCACCAUAGAGAGAGAUGCAUAUCUAUUUUUGAUUUUUAAAAGUAGAAAAUAACCAGCAAAAUCACACUUAAAAAUCACACUUAAAAUCACCUUAAUGAGCCUCUGAUGCAUCCUGAUAAACUGAAACCAGUUUAAUUGCACUUAAUUAGUCAAACAAAGCAUAUCACACAGUGAAGAUGUCAAACACCACACAGACAAUUUAACAGUGAAACACACAGAGACUGUUGCUUCCCUAUUGCCCUCAUUUUGCCAAAGUGCACCACAGGAAGUCAUUUCUGCCGGUUGCCAUCAGGCUUUACAAUGCCCACGUCUGUGCUAGUUGAUAAAAAAAAAAAAAUUCUGUGCUCAUUUAUAGGUUAUUUAUCGAUUAAUAUAUUGCAUGUGAUUGCUUGUUAUUUAUUUAUUUAUUUAUAUCUAGUCAUUUUGAAAUUAUCACUCUUAGGUAUAUAUACUGUAUAUAUAGGUAGGAAGCUGCCUCCAUGCCUGUUUUACAAACGAAAAACAAUCCAGUCGUCUGCAUAUUUACUGUGUAGGACACCUGCUUACAUAUGAGAAAAGUUAUCUUCAUAUUGUGGUUAAAGUCUCAAUAAUAACCUAUGAAUGGAGGCUCUGAUUACACCAACUCUCUUGCUGAGAGAUGAUGCGUGAAUCUCUUUGGCGUCUGCAUAACUCUUUGCAGAUGUACCCCCUUUAAGUCUGAUAUGAUAGAUUUAUUCCAUGUUUUGCUUGUUAUUGUAUCUGCUGUGCAUUUACGUGCUUCAAUCCAUUUCAUUUGUAGCAUCACAAACUUAUUUUAACAUAGUGACGACAUGUAGUAAUUUGAGAACUACCAAAAACGACUUCUUGAAGCCAAUUGGACGCAUUUUAAUGAUGGAUAAUGUUGAGAGACAGAAACAACCAUUUCUUCAAAAAUACGUCUCUCUGCCCGGGUCUUAGAUAUUUCAGGUUAGACACAAAAAUGAGCCACAAACCAGAAUGUAAAACCACUCACAAGAUAUUUAUUAAAUCAAUGCAUUUGGCCAAAUGGAGACACAACUCACCCACCAACAUGGACAGCAAUGAGUCCCUGCAGGAGGAAGUCGUGUCUGAGUGUCAGAGUGAGGACUUCAUAUUUUUAUCUCUCAUCCUGGCGCCCGAGACAUAGCGAACCCCUCCAACUAUUCCCAUACACACAAGCUAUACCCGUCAAAUCCUCUACAUAAAACACUCCACUCUUGGCUGCUAACCAUCUAAGGAGUUGUGCUUUCUUAGAUGUUUCACCUUUUACUUCUGCUGGUAGAACAUUCUGACCUGCUGCACCCUGUUCUGCACUCCUUAUCUAACCGUGGUAUGCAAACAGGGUUAUUCAUCUUAUCCUUAGCUGGAACAUUUCAAACUAUAACGAGAAUACACAAUUUAGCAAUAUGAAGCAUUAUAUUUGACAUUCAAAAUGUGUGACUACAAUAUUCGAAAUAUGCAAAACUCACUCAAAGCGUGAAUAUACUUGAUUACAUUUUUACUUCUCCACAAUAAGCAACGAAAAGAAAAUCAAGCGCACAAUCUUGAGCAGUUCAUAAAACCUAUAAUACUAACAGUAAAUCAAUGUUAAUACCUGAAAUCUGAGUGUAACUAAUACUGUUUCCUAGCAAUUACCAACAUGAGGACUUGCUUAUGAUAUUCCGUACAUAAAUUAGGACAAGCACAGUGCCACAGACAGACUGCAGCGCAUUAAGACCACGCUAGUUUCGCCACACAGCGGUCAGAGUUGAAGCAGCCGCUCUUACAAACUGGUUUCCUGUGGGGUUGAGCUGGAGUGGAAGCAGUAGGAGUGUUUUUUUUUUUUUGUCGAGCAUCGAGUCUGGCUGUAAUGAGAAAACAAGACGGGCUGUGGCGGAGAGCUGGUGAGCUUACCGAACGAGAACCAUGAGCAAAAACCCUGCGUUUUUUCCUAGGAGAGCUUUUUGGAAAACACCUGCGGUCGUCGCAAAGAACGAAGCGCCUCGUCUCAAUCUCCUCCGCUGGGUUUUUUUUUUUGUUGUUUUUUUUGACACUCCCACCCGUGAAAGGUCCAGGGAGAACACACCGCGGCACCAGCGGGCAGAGCCGUUCCCUUUGAGCUGAUAUUUAAUUUAUUUUACAGCAGCAGACAGAGAGCUGUGGGUUGUCUGCCAUAGCCGGUGGGCAUAACGGACCUACUUGACGCAGAGGAAACUUGAUGCAAGACCUGAACCCGGAGAAUCGCGACAAAAGAAACCGGCUGUGGCCCAUCACCCAAAAGGCAAGGGGGAGAGAAAGAUGGCCCAUUUCGUCGGAGGGAGAGCAUUUGUUGGAAACAAAGAAAUAUUCUAACGGAUAUGUUGUUCGCCCACUUUUAAAGGGAGAAUCGCUACGUUACGUUUCAUCCAAGUUAAAGAGGAGUUAAGUCACUGUUCUCACUUUUUUUCCCCCCAUUUUUCCUGUUAAGCAUUUCUAUACUUUAAAAUGUAUUUCAGUUAACGCUCGAGGCUUAAGAGACAUUACAAAACGAAAGGCAGUUUUUCUUUACACACACACA